UUGAUGAAGAACAUGGAGGCUGCAAGAAGAGGAAGAAGAGGAAGGCAAGGUGGUGGUUUGCUGCUGGUGGUUCUUGCCGCUCUUCUGCUUCUUCUCCUUGCAUUGGCGCGCGGCGCGAGCGCGUGGGCCCACGGCGGGCUCGCCGGCGGCGCCGGCGCCGGCGCCGGCGAGCGGCGGUACAUGGAUCUCGCGAUGAGGAGGAUGGAGAGCGUCAGAUCUUCCUUCGUCGCGAGGAGGGAAUUAGCAACGUCUACGGCGGCGAGCUCGUCGCGGGUGUACCACGUGACGGACUACGGCGCCGACCCGACCGGCGGCGCCGACGCGACGGCGGCGAUCAACAGCGCCAUCGCCGACGCGUUCCGCCGCCCCUCCAACGCCACCAUGACCGGCGGCAUCCCCGACCUCGGCGGCGCCGAGAUCCACCUCGACGGCGGCUCCUACCUCCUCAAGGGCCCCCUCUCCCUCCCCGCCUCCGGCGGCGGUAACUUGAAGAUUCACAGCGGGUCGCUGCGGGCGGCGGACGACUUCCCGACGGACCGGUAUUUGAUCGAGCUGUCGGCGAAGGCGGCCGGCGGUGGCGGGGGGAGCUCGCCGGCGAUGAGCUACUACUACGAGUACGUGACGCUGCGCGACCUGAUGCUGGACUGCAACUACCGCGGCGGCGGCGUGCGGGUGGUGGACUCGCUCCGCGUCGGCGUCGACAACUGCUACGUCGUCCACUUCGCGACGGACGGCGUCGCGGUGAGCGGCGGCCACGAGACGUUCGUCCGGAACACCUUCCUCGGCCAGCACAUGACCGCCGGCGGCGACCCCGGCGAGAGGUCGUUCACGGGCACCGGGAUCCGCCUCGACGGCAACGACAACUCCGUCUCCGACGUGGUGGUGUUCUCGGCGGCGACCGGGAUCAUGGUCACCGGAGGCGCCAACGCCAUCUCCGGCGUGCACUGCUACAACAAGGCGACCGGGUUCGGCGGCGCGGGCAUCUACCUCAAGGUGCCCGGGCUGACGCAGACGUGGAUCACCAACUGCUACAUGGACUACACCGGCAUCGUCGCCGAGGACCCCGUGCUGCUCCACGUCUCGGGCUCCUUCUUCCUCGGCGACGCCAACGUCGUGCUCAAGGCCGUCAAUGGCGUGGCGAGGGGGGUGCAGAUCGUCGGCAACCUGUUCAACGGGAGGGGGAAGGGGGUGGACAUCGUGGAGCUCGACGGCGAGUUCGCGACGGUGGAGCAGGUGUACGUGGCGCAGAACGCGGCGACGGGGAUGACGGUGAGGUCGACGACGGCGCGCGCCGCGGCGGAGGGGAACGGGAGCUCGUGGACGGUGGACUUCUCGCCGGUGCUGCUGUUCCCGGACCGGAUCGGGCACGUGCAGUACUCGCUCGCCGCCGGCGACGCGUUCCCGGGCCACGCUCUCCGGAACGUCUCCGGCAACCGCGUCGUCAUCGCCACCGACGCCGCCGUGUCCGCCACCGUGCACGUGCUCGUCGACCAGAACAGCAGCUGAAGAACAAAAAAUCAAAAUGCUGCUGCUGCCUGCCGCGAUUGCGCGCGAGCAAGGCGUUAGAUUCGUUUGUUCUUGCGAUUCACCGGCAAAAUUCGUCUAUAUCAGAGAGAUGGCAAAAUUGGCAAUAGCUAUAGCUUGUAUUUGAUUGUUUCUGAAGAUGAUUCAGAAUGGAUCACUUCGUCAGUUCAUCGUGCUUCCAGUUUCCAUAAAAUGCCUCAAGAUUCACUGAUUCAGCCAAGAUUUCAUUUUUUUUCUUUUUCGGAAAAAAAUGGAAUCAAGAGCAUGCAGGGAUGAUCAGAAUUAUGACGACAAGGAGAACAGCUGGUCAUUCUUUCAGUUACAAACUGAAUUCACUGACAAGAAUGAUGCAAUUGCUACUAUACUGUACUCCGACGUAGGAGUACUGUAUCCACAAGUAGUAGUACUUGUCCCAUUUGUUUUGCUGGUCACCCGUCAGUCUCAAGUGUAAUACUCUGUACUAGCAAAAGGCAAUUCAUUCAUGCACACGCUUGAUCAUGCCCAA